CGGCAUUUCUAGAAGUAUAUACUCAAUCUCAUCGUAAAUAGCUCUGGGGAAUCACUCGAAAAGCAGUAGCUUGAAACGGAUCGCAACUCUGACUCGAUACAACAGCCUCUAAUCCCCUUAAUUCGCUCCUCGAACUUCAAGUUCAAUUACCAUGUCUACCUCGGAAUCCCACCACUUCCCUACGAUCGUCAAAGGCUCUUCAUUCCUCCUCGCCUGGCGUCUCGAAAACCGUCACGUCCUCCUCAUCGGCGGAGGCCUCGUCGCCUCGGGGCGUCUCUACUACUUGCUGGAAACCGGUUGUCGAGUCACUCUCAUCUCCCCAAGAGAACAACUACACCCGGAGACGGCUUAUCGGAUCGACGUUAGCAAUACCGAGGACAUCACGUACUUGGACAGGAAGUACCUCGGGCCGGAAGAAGAUGAGAUAAAAGUCGGGGAUUACGAUAUGGUCCUCACAGCGAUCGACGAAGUAGGGCUCUCUUCCCGUAUCUGUACGGCCUGUCGGAAAGAGAGGGUGCCCGUGAACGUGGCGGACGUCCCCCCAGAAUGCGAUUUCUAUUUCGGGUCUCAGCUCCGGAGAGGUCCUCUGCAGAUCAUGGUCAGCACCUCUGGACGAGGACCCAAGAUCGCUGCGUUGAUCAGGAAGAGGAUCGAAGAGUCCCUCCCUGCGGAUAUCGAACAAGCCAUCGAUUCCGUAGGGAAACUCAGGGGGGACUUGAGGAAGCGUGCUCCGGGUGUAGGAGGACCUUUGGGGCAGAGGAGGAUGAACUGGAUGAUCGGGAUUUGUGAUAAAUGGAACCUCGACGAGUUGGGCGGGAUGACGGAUGAGGUCAGGCAGAGGUUGUUGGACGAGGGGUGGGAUAAGAAGCGGGUUCUGGGACCGAGGGAUCUGGGAGUGAAUAGCAGGAGUUGGGUGGGGGAGUGGUGGAGUGCGGUAGAGGAGGCGGUGGGGUUGAACGAGGAGAGGAAGAAGGUGUUAGGAGUGGGAUUGAUGGGUGCAGUGCUCGGGACUGCUGGGACGGCCGGGGUUUGGUACUUGAAGACGCAGAGGCGGUGAUCACGAAGCUCGUCUUCCCGUUCCCACGUUGUACAGAAUAGAUUAUGAAACGUGACACCACACAGCGAUCAGCUCAUUCUCCUCUUCACCCUCCUUGUCCUGCCACCAUCGGUGUGCUCGUGGGUGAUGGGUUGACGAGCCACUUGAAGGUCUUUCGGCGAAUUUCCGCUUCUGGUCGCGAUCAAUCGCGUAUCAUUCGGCUCAUCAAGUUCGAUCUAGUUCGAGAGACCCUCGACCUUCUUGUUUGUUCUUG